AUGACGCCUACCCGAAGAUGGACCUGCACGGGAACUACUUGGGUGAUGGCUAUCCUUUGUGCACGGACUUGCGAGACGACCAGUUCCUUCGCACAGGGGCGCGCUACGAGUUCUUCGCCCAGGAUGCCCCGGCCUCGGUCCUCGAACUUCGCCCUGAUUCGGCCCUGUACAAGGCGCUCUGCUCGGCUGACGGAUCCGGCGCUUGCCGGUUUGCUUCGACCGUGGUCUUGGGCGCGGAACCUUCGUAGUUCAAUGCAUCGUCUUGGACCUGACCUGCCACCAGGAAGAGUGCCGCACGACCCAUCCGCGGGUGAUCAAGGUCGCAGAGGCCUUCUACGAGUUUGUCCCACCGCCGUGCGUGCACUUUUUCUUCUUCGAAGGGGAAGCGCGUCAAGGCGUUUCUGGCAGUCUCGGAUGAUCUGCACAAAUCCUGAGACUUUCGUGGCAGGAGCAUAUUGCUGCGACGGGUGCUCCAAUAUUCCACCUCCCCAGUGGCUGGAACAUGGUAACUGCCAGAACCUGAGUGAUGGGUGGUUCACCACCAGUGGUUGCAACAUUCAAGGUCCCGGCAGUUGGUGGGACAGGAACAGGUGGUGCGAGCAGCGGUGUGACCAGCUGGGGUUGGGAUACGCAGGGAACUGCACCAAAGAAUAUGAAGAAGCUCAUGUCUGCGGCUACCACCAGGAGUACAUGUCCUACGGAGCUGCCGCGCGCCGCUGUGCUGACGUGGGGCUGAAGAUCUGCGAUCGCGGCACUGAGUUAGCAACCUGCGGUCUCAAUGAAGAUGAUGCCAAGGUGUGGACGCAAGAAGCCUGCACCACCAACGUCACGGUGGAUGAGAUCGGACGAGUAAGCUCUCAAAGGACGGACAAGAUGAAGAUGAACAAGCUCAGGGUGCGAUGGACCAACGGCUUCCCGGAUGUGCAGAACUGCCCUGCCGACUGCACUACUUUGGAAAGCUCCUGCGAGUGCCCCAUUCGAGUGGAGACCCGAGCCGUCUUCAACCGCCUCCCCGUUGCUUCCGAGUUAUCGGCCCUGUCCGUGGGCGCUUUUCUGCCACUGCAAGCCUGCAGCCACUGUGGGGACGUGAAGGCUUACACUGUAGACGGCAAGUUUGAUGAGAAGACUGUCUUCGAGUACCAAGGCAAAUACUACCGGAACCUCGAGAGCCUGGUCUACGUCGCGGGCAAGAGCUUCCGGAAUCCUCCGCGCUUUGGGCUGGAGGAGCAGGUGAAUGAGCGGUCAGCCCGAUGGGAGAUCGAGAGCCUCUUGGAGCACCUCGUGAACCACCCCAACACGCCAACCUUCAUCGGGUAUCGGCUCAUCCAGCGCUUCGUAACCUCGAACCCAUCUCCGGGCUACGUCUUCGACGUUGCAGAGGCAUUCAAGACUGGGGCCUAUCAGGGCCACACUUUCUCAGGCCGUCGCGGUGACCUGGCCGCCACCAUUGCAGCCAUCCUCCUCCAUCCCGAGGCUCUCGGCGUGGCAAGUCGCCGCGGAGCACUGCGAGAGCCUUUGGUGAAGAUCGUGCACUUUCUUCGAGCUAUGGACUUCGAGGAUGCCGCUGGACGGGAGAUCAUGUUCGAGGAACUCCAGGAACUCAUUGGCCAAGGGCCAUUCGCUUCUCCCUCCGUCUUCAACUUUUACCGGGCGGACUACCAGUCAAACACCAUGCCGGCAGAUGCUGUGGCUCCGGAGGCACAGAUCAUGGAUGCCAGCAACAUGGUCAACUUCCUGAAUGGGAUGUUGUCCCUCGUAAAGAACGGUGGCGUCACGCACUGCGAUGGGGGCUUUGGCCUCGACACAAAGAGCUGCGACCAGAAGUCUUUCAAGCACGGGUUGAAUGUCACCCAGACCAGCGCCACACAAGUUUUGGAUGACCUGGACCUGCUUCUCACAGGCGGACGGAUGACGAAUGCCACUCGGGACGUGGCACAUGCCAGUCUGGCGGGCUGGGAUGAGGAGCAGAAGGUGAAAGCAGCGCAGGAAGCGGUCAUCCUUGCGCCGGAGUUCCACACCCUGGGGUCCCCCAUGCCGGAGGGCCCACGCACAGACCAGACCGAGAGUGAUACAGAGAGCGCCGAGCCCCGAUCUUACAAGGCUUUGAUCAACCUGUAUCUCAAUGGCGGCGCUGACACCUUCAACCUCCUGGUGCCCUUGGAUUGCAAGCUCCAUGAUGAGUACAUGGCAGUCAGGGGCCAGGCGGCGCUGUUAAAUUCGGAGCUGCUGGAGAUCCAGACAACAGGACAGGCCUGCAACAAGUUCGGCAUCCAUCACAAGCUUCCUGCGAUCCAACAGCUCUACCGGGAUGGUCAGGCUGCUUUUGUCAGCAACGUGGGGAGCUUGGUCGAGCCCCUGAAUCGAAACGAGUACGACAACGGCCUGAAGCCAGUUUGUGCUGGGCUUUUCUCGCACUCCGACCAGACAGAGGCAGCCCAGACGCUGAAAUGUCAAAUCCGGGGCUCUGCGCCCAGGGGCGUCGGAGGACGCAUGGCAGAUGCACUCUCCUCGGGGACGCAGCAAUUUCGCACGGCCUCCUACUCCUUAAGCGGUCGACAGACCUGGGCGCAGGGUGUAGACAUCAACCAGAUCAGUGUGGCACGCAGCGGCGAGGUGCCGACGCUCCAAAAUUACACAGGACGGCGCCAGCUUCUUGAGGAUCUCUCGCACACAGCUUACGGCAAUGUCUACUGCGAGGAGUAUGCGAAAAAUCUCGGCAAGUGGGUGGACUCCAACCAACUCUUGUCCGAGCAGCUCCAGACAGCCAACCUUAGCACUACUUGGCCGGAGAAUGUCCAGGACUGGAACAGGCGGCAGACGCUCCUGUCAUUUCAGACAGUGGCAAAGCUGAUCGCUUCCCGGCAAGCGCGCAAAGUGGAGCGGGACUUCUUUUACGUGGAGUUGCGUGGCUUUGACACCCACAAUGACAUCCGAGAGGUUAUGGAGAAUCUCUUCGACAACCUCAACUUUGCUUUGGAGUCCUUCGUGGCAGAGCUCAAGGCACAGGGUGUCUUCGAUGCGACCACGCUCGUCACAUCUUCGGAUUUCGGCCGCACGCUCACCUCCAACGGCAAGGGCACCGACCAUGGCUGGGCUGGGAACUAUGUGGUCCUGGGUGGCGCAAUCAAAGGUGGCCAGGUCUACAACCGAUUCCCUUCUAGCUUGGUCGAAGGCAACAAUCAGGAUGCGGGUCGUGGUCGGAUGAUCCCAGAAUAUCCCUGGGAGAAUGUCCUUAUGCCCAUUGCUGAGUGGAUGGGGGUGGAGGGCGCGCAUCAGCGUGACGUCUUCCCCAACAUCCAGAACUUCAACGCGUCGCACAUCUUGGCUACCAAUGUGCUUUUCUCAUCCUAA